UUUAACACUUUAAUUUUUCGAAGAAAAACAAUAAAUAAUAAAAACUCUCAAUUCACCUUCGUCUCCAUUUUUAAAUUUCUCAUUAUCAUUCAUUUCGAUUCUCUAAGCUCAAAAAUUGUUUUCGAGAUUCCGAAAUUUCAAAGGUUGAAAUGGAGCCACCGGGAAACGACGUCGUUGCGUUUGAGUCAGCUGAGAAGAUAAUACUCCGGUGGGACUCCACGGCGUCGGAAGAUGCUAGAGAGAAGAUGAUCUUCGCCGGAGAUCGAUAUGAGAUCGAUCGGUACUUGCAAGCUGUUGAUGAAAUCCAACGGUCGAUGGAGUUUGCUACACUUUCCGAUGAUCAGAACAAAGCUAAUAGUGCGAUCCAGAUCGCUAUGGCUAGGCUUGAAGAUGAGUUUCGGAAUAUACUCAUAGCUCAUACGAAUCCUGUGGAAGCUGAAUCUCUUACUGACAGUAGUCCUUUGCCUGAAGAAGACUACGAGGAUGACUCGCCGUUGACCAAGGACUUGGAGCAUCAAGAGAGUAACGGCAGCUGUAGCUAUCGACCUACAAAUAGCAUUCGUGAAAUCGAUCUAAUGCCUUCGGAUGCAAUUUACGAUCUCCGAUGCAUCGCCGAGCGAAUGAUUUUGGCCGGAUAUCUUCGGGAGUGUAUUCAGGUGUAUGGCAGUGUACGGAAGUCUGCAGUGGACUCGAGUUUCCGCAAACUUGGGAUAGAGAAGCUGAGCAUCGGAGAUAUCCAGAGAUUAGAAUGGGAAAUUCUAGAAACGAAGAUCCGGCGGUGGAUACGAGCUGCAAAAGUAUGCGUUCGGAUACUUUUCGCUAGUGAGAAGAAACUCUGUGAGCAAAUCUUCGAAGGUUUAGGUACUGCGAUGGACGAUGCUUGUUUCAUGGAGACUAUCAAAGGUCCAGCUAUUCAGCUAUUCAAUUUUGCUGAAGCCAUUAGCAUUAGUCGGAGAUCACCGGAGAAGUUGUUUAAGAUAUUGGAUCUUCAUGAUGCUUUAUCGGAUUUGCUAGUGGACAUUGAGAUUGUUUUCGAUUCAAAAUCUUCGGAAUCAAUUAGGGUUCAAACUGUAGAGAUACUAUCUAGGUUAGCGGAGGCUGCAAGAGGGAUAUUAUCUGAAUUUGAAAAUGCAGUGCUUCGAGAACCUUCCAAGGUUCCUGUACCUGGAGGGACAAUUCAUCCCUUGACUAGGUACGUUAUGAACUACAUAAGUUUAAUUUCAGACUACAAACAGACCAUGUCUGAAUUGAUUGUCUCAAAGCCAUCAACGGGGUCAAGGUAUUCGAGUGAUCCAAACACUCCUGAUAUGGAUUUUGCGGAGCUAGAAUCACAGACCCCGUUGGCGCUGCAUUUGAUCUGGAUUGCUGUGAUUUUGCAGUUCAAUUUGGAAGGUAAGUCUAAGUGCUAUAGAGAUACUUCAUUGGCACAUAUAUUUAUGAUGAACAAUGUACAUUAUAUUGUUCAGAAGAUUAAAGGGUCACCUGAGCUAAGGGAGAUGGUAGGGGAUGAUUGUUUAAGGAAAUUAACAGGGAAAUUUAGGCAAGCAGCUACAAACUACCAGAGAUCAACCUGGGUGACUGUUUUGCAUUGUUUGCGAGAUGAGGGUUUACAUGUUAAAGGCAGUUUUUCAUCUGGGGUGUCUAAGAGUGCGUUGAGAGAGCGGUUUAAGACCUUCAAUGCUAUGUUUGAAGAGGUACAUAGGACUCAGUCCACCUGGUUGAUACCGGAUACCCAGCUCCGGGAGGAGCUGCGUAUUUCUGUAUCUGAGAAGUUGAUCCCAGCUUAUAGAUCAUUUCUCGGAAGGUUCAGGAGUCAUAUUGAGAGUGGGAGGCAUCCGGAAAACUAUAUCAAGUAUUCCGGUGAGGACAUUGAGACUGCUGUCUUGGAUUUCUUCGAGGGGUACCAAGUUUCUCAACACAUAAGAAGAAGAUCUCAGUGAAAGGAUAUAAGUUCCACUAAUUAGAACCUUAGGAUAUUCUUUGAAUUUUUUCCUGGAGUCAUUUAGUAGGAGCUGAGGUUCUGGAGUUAAGGUAUUGUCGUGCAAAGCAGAAAAUUUUGGUAAGAUCAGCUGUAUCUAUGAUAGUCUCCGCCUCUGCCUAAAUGCUCCUGCCCUAAAUUUUUGAGCCAUCAAGAUCACGAGUACAGAGUUUCGUUUAUCCUCGCAGGUUACCCUCUAAGCCCAUGCAUCUCUUAUCAGGUGCUUAAUAUAAUAUGAACAUUGAAGGCAACAUUUCUAAGGUCAAUAUCCCUAACAACUGAAACUCGAUUUUCAAAAUUCCACUAACAAUAUCAUGAUUUAUGGUAUUCCCUUGCUUCUUCUGAGCCGAGGGUAAGGUUAGUGUACAUCCUCAGACCCCACUUGUGGGAUCACAUUAGGUAUAUCGUUGCUGUUGCAUAGUGUUUGCGUUGAUUCUUACUGCUUACAAGUUAAGGUUUUUACAGUGAAAUGAAAACAGCUGUUGAUGGUUUUCCAAUCUAAAACCAUACAGAACUAUUGAGCUUUUUGCUUACCCUUUUACUGGUGGAGGGACAUAGGGUAAGUAGUGCUUAUACUUUAGAAAAACAAUAAAAGAAGGAUAAGUAGUGCUUAUUAGCUGUUGUUGGAGAUCAACAGAACAUUACCAAUUACUUGAAUUGUUUACUACACUCAAACAUGAAUGCUUUACCUUAUCUCAUAAAAAGAAGAAUACUCGAAACUCUUAUAAUUUGCUACUGUUAGAACACAAUAUAUAUGUGUUACUUUA